AUGCUGCCCACCAAGAGCCAUGGCUCCAAAGCCAAGCCCCAGGUGCAGUGUGAGGGCCCUGAAAAAAAGAAGGGGCAGCAGAGGGCAGAGGAGGAGGACAGCUUCCGCUCCACCGCCGAGGCCCUCAGAGCUGCACCCACAGACAAGCACGUAGUCCGAGUGGAUCGCCCACUCAGCCACAGCCCUGGGACUCAGGUGCAUGAAGACUAUGCAUGCACCCUGAACCAGAUCAACAUCAGAAGCAACAACAGUAAGUUCUACAUCAUCCAGCUGCUGGAAGAGGGUGACCGCUUCGCCUGCUGGAACCGCUGGGGCCGUGUGGGAGAGGUGGGCCAGUCAAAGUUCAGCUACUUCAAGCUACUGGAGGAUGCAAAGAAGGACUUUGAGAAGAAAUUUUGGGACAAGACCAAGAACAGCUGGGUGGAGUGGGACCACUUUGUGGCCCACCCGGGCAAUUACACACUUAUUGAAGUGCAGGGAGACAAUGAGGCCCAGGAAGCCGUGGUGAAGGUGGACGGAGACCCCAUGAGGGCCGUGGUACAGCACGUGUGGCCCUGCUCCCUGGACGCAGCCACACGGAAGCUCAUCACCAACAUCUUCAGCAAGGACAUGUUCAAGAAUGCCAUGACCCUCAUGAACCUGGAUGUGAAGAAGAUGCCCCUAGGGAAGCUGAGCAAGCAGCAGACUGCACGGGGCUUCGAGGCUUUGGAGGCCCUGGAGGUGGCGCUGAGAGCCCCCACGGAUGGUGGCCUCAGCCUGGAGGCACUGUCCUCCCACUUCUACACUGUCAUUCCCCACAACUUCAGCCGCAACCAGCCCCCGCCCAUCAAAUCCCCCGAGCUCCUGCAGGCCAAGAAGGACAUGCUGCUGGUGCUGGCCGACAUCGAGCUGGCCCAGACCCUGCAGGCAUCCCCCGAGGAGGAGAAGGUGGGGGUGCCACACCCACUGGACCGAGACUACCGGCUCCUUAAGUGUCAGCUCCACCUGGACCCAGAGGCGCCCGAGUAUAAGGUGAUACCCGCCUACCUAGAACAGACUGGCCACAGCUACAGGUGCCCAGCUCUUCACCACGUUUGGGAAGUGAACCGAGAAGGGGAGGGAGACAGGUUCCAGGCCCUCUCCAAGCUGGGUAAUCGGAAGCUGCUGUGGCAUGGCAUCAACGUGGCGGUGGUGGCCGCCACCCUCACCAGUGGGCUCCGCGUCAUGCCACCUUCCGGCGGCCGCGCUGGCAAGGGCAUCUGCUUCGCCUCAGAGAACAACAAGUCAGCCUGCUAUGUUACUGGCAUGUCCUGCGGAGCCCACCAAAUUGGCUAUAUGUUCCUGGGGGAGGUGGCACUGGGCAGAGAGCACCACAUCACCAUCGAUGAGCGCAGCUUGAAACAGCCAACCUCUGGCUCCAACAGUGUCAUUGCCCGAGGCCACACAGAGCCUGAUCCAACCCAGGACACUGAGCUGGAGCUGGAUGGCCAGCGAGUGGCAGUGCCCCAGGGCCGGCCUGUGCUCUGUGCAGAGUUCUGCAGCUCCCAAUUCUCCCAGAGCAAGUAUCUCAUCUACCAGGAGAACCAACGUCGCCUGCGCUACCUGCUGGAGGUUCACCUCUGA